AUGGCAAAGGUCGGCCUCGAGAUGAAGCUUCUGACGUCAGAAGUUGAUGCGGAGGCGGAAAAAUGGGACGAAUACGCCGAAAACGACAUUGUCAAGCGAGCCAAGGUAAUUUUCCCUGGAACACUGAAAUAAAUUGGAAAAAUGGACUCCAGGCAAUGUCAUCUAUGGCGUACAACAUGUAUCUUUUCACACGGGGAGAUGGUCCGCUCAAAACGACUCAUGAUCUUUUCACUCAAGCCGAGUUCUUUGCUGAGCAGGCCAAUCAGAUGUACAGAACUGUUAGAGAGUUCAGCUACGAGGCUGGUCUUUCUAUGGAUUCAUCAAAAGAUUUAUCAAUUUUGCAGGUCCCCGGAUCCGCAGAAAAAAGCGAUUUGUCAUCGAUCCUCGAAAGGAUCCCAUUGCAUUGCCAGCAGCUGCAAGUUCUCGUCAAAAGCCCAACUGUUGGCAAAACUGCUACUUUUGGAAAGGUUUGACUUUGAAAAAUAUCGAGAAAUAGUGGGGAAAAUUUCAGGUUGACUCGGUGAUUCAAGAAACGAAAAAUUUGAUGAACGAAAUCGCGAAACUGGUCACGGCUUCGUUUGUAUGUGCGACAAAGGUUGGACCUUGAAAAAUUCUCAUCACGUUUUGAUUACGUCAAAGAGCAUAAUUUUCAGUUGGAACCACAACAAAAGUAAGUUCAAAAACUCGUCCGGGGAAUAUUAGUUUCUUGUCCCAAAUAUGUUCCGCUUGUCGGUUAUUCGUUCAAAUGUAUAAAAUUGCUUCAGCUUCGUUCUCAAAAAUCAGAAAAUUGAAUUUUUGUGCUUUUUGUCUUGUGAUUGAGAGCGUUGUCCGAUUAUUUGAAAAAUGUUAAAGCUAUGUUUUGUGUCAAUAGUUUUUGAAUGGUUUAAAAUUUUUAAAAGUUUUUUUCUUAUUUUUGCAAAAAAACUUUUUUUCUAUGGAACUAUAAUUUUUUUAUCUGCAACAAUGUUAUCUAAAAAUCAUAGAUUAGCAACCCAUCACAAACUUUUUCAUUUAUCCAACCCAGCACUGCAAUAUCAGCCCUACCAAACCUUCUCGAAAAAGUUAUUCAACUCUAAAGGAAAUGUUCAGUACGAAAUCGAGUUUCGCGGAGGCACGAUCAAUGGCCGGGGGCCAAACGACGGCGAGAGGGCCAGUCGCGAAUCGACUGUAAGUUUCCUUCUAAAUUACCGAUUCGUGAAAUUCAUUAUGUACGCUGAGAUGUACAAAAGCACAAAACUCAAAACUUAUAUGAACUAGCACGGAAAACAUAACUUUCUAAAAGAUUUUUUACUUUCUCAGACUUCUCAGUUACUAAUAUAGGGCUUUUGAACAGAUUUAAAAAAAAUUUAGAUUAGUACGAUAAUUUGAUCUCAGUAUUAGUUUUCGACUACAAAUAUAUUCUAAAGGUUUGGCGACGGACGCCGAGCAUUCGAAGGCAAAUCCCGCCCGCGUCCCUUCUCUCCACCAGCCACGCAUCCAAUAUUCACAUUUAGGUAUGUGUAAAAAUAAAAACUCAUGAAUCUUUUUCUUUUCUACAAAACAAAAAAAUUAUUUGAAUCGUUUCAGCAGCCGGAUUAAAGGACAAUAAAUGUUUGUUGGUAAGAUCUUUUUAUAUGAUUGGCUUUAAUAACAGCAUGUUGAACGCUUUGGUGAUGGUGGCUUCUUAUCUAUAGAUUCGUCAUGUGUUUUUUUUUCUUUAUUACUGUCUUUGAAAAAAAACUUUCUAGUUUUUCCUAAAUUUUAGUUGCAUGUUUAAUGAAAUUAGGAGAUAAGUUGAAACAUUUUUAUGCAUGUAAUCCAAACUGAAAUUCCUAACGAAUGGAUAUCAUAACUUUCACAGAAGCUUUGACUGAUGAUUCGUUUGGAAAUUUUAACUUUAUUAGCCAUGGUUUUGUUGUUACUAAAGAUUAUGAGCUAUCAUUAAAAAGAUUGAUCUGAAAAUUCCAGACAAAACCAGCGGGAAGAAAUCGCCUCACCUAUCCGAGACCUCAACGCCUCGUCCUCCUCAAACUCGACGUCUUCUCCAUCCCCUAG